AUGGGUGUGCCCCCUUCUGAAAGUCACCAUCGACGGCGGAGUUCAGUUCGUGCGCCCCCCGAUCCCCCGGCCGAGGACACGGACGACGAUUUCUCUCAUCUCAACCACUCACACGACACCGAUCCGAACCGAGACAGACGGGAGCAUCCUGCUGACGAUACGGACUCCCUGUCCGACCUGUCGUCCCUUGCGGAGAGUGUCGAAAUGGACUACCGGAGCUCGGACGACGACCUGCACGAUGACGAGGAGACUGGUCUCACGGCGAAACAACGACGUCAAAGACAUCGAAGACGACGGCAGCGGAGGCAGCUGGACGCCCGCAUUGCCGGCGUCAAGGCUUCGCGUCAGGAUGGUGCCGUCGUCAACCUGGCUGACCGGAAUGUCGCUAAACGGUUGCUCGUCAAUGCUGUGCUGAUCGGGCUGUGGUAUUUCUUUUCGCUAUCCAUAUCCAUUUACAAUAAAUGGAUGUUCUCUGACUCGAAGGAUGUCGAGGAUCCCGUCGUGUUCCCCUUCCCCCUGUUCACGACUAGCAUGCACAUGGUGGUCCAGUUCACGUUGUCCUCUAUCAUUCUCUAUGCCUUUCCUUCUCUUCGUCCUCGACAUCCUUCGCCUGCUAUGGGCUAUGUUGCGCCUGCCGAACAACCGCCGAUCAUCACCAAGUUCUUUUAUCUGACUCGGCUGGUGCCGUGCGGCAUCGCGACCUCGCUUGACAUCGGUCUGGGCAAUAUGUCCUUGAAGUUCAUCACACUCACCUUCUUGACCAUGUGCAAGUCGUCAGCUCUCGCCUUUGUUCUUCUCUUUGCCUUCGUUUUCGGUCUCGAAACCCUGUCGAUCAAGUUGAUUUUGAUCAUUGCCACGAUGACCAUCGGCGUGGUCAUGAUGGUCGCGGGCGAGGCUGCAUUCAAUGCAGUGGGCUUCGCGUUGAUCAUCGCAUCUGCCUUCUUUUCCGGUUUCCGAUGGGGUCUGACACAGUUUCUUCUUCUCCGUCACCCCGCCACGUCGAAUCCCUUCUCCACGCUCUUUUUCCUCACUCCCGUAAUGUUAUUGUCUCUUAUCCUUAUCGCUUUCGCAGUUGAAGGUCCAGCGGAGAUCUUCAAUGGCUUUAUGGCUCUCGCGAAUGCACACGGCAUCGUGGCCGGCGUGGGGUUCCUUAUCUUCCCGGGCAUCUUAGCAUUUUGCAUGAUUGCCUCGGAGUUUGCUCUCCUGAAACGUUCGUCCGUCGUCACUUUGAGCAUCUGCGGUAUCUUCAAGGAGGUCGUGACGAUCAGCGCGGCAGGGGUGGUGUUCCAUGACCAGCUCACUGCGGUCAACAUCUCUGGACUGAUCGUCACUAUUAGCAGCAUUGCUUCAUACAAUUACAUGAAGAUUUUCCAAGAUGCGCCGCGAAUCCCGAGAAGAGAUCGCGGCGCGGAGUGA